AUGGGUGUUGUUUAUUGUAAGAAUGGUGGAGACAAAGAAAAUGAUGAUGUCAUCAUCAAUAAUUAUUCUAGUUCUUAUAUAAAGGAAAUUACCAAUUUGUACCAAGUUGCAAAAGAAAGAAAUUCAUAUCAAGAGCCUAUAUUUUGGAGAAUCACUGAUGCAAAUUUGAAGAUGUCACAUAGUUCAAGAGAAGAAUUGCAGAGGAAUUUGGGUCAUCACACUUCUAACAUACUUUCACGAUCUGCAAAAGUGUUUUAUCAAUGCACAGAAGAGGAACUACAAAAUAUUGCAUCAGAAUCAAAGAUAAACCGAAAAAUAUCUGCAAAAGAAAAACUUCAUACAAAACUUAAAUCUCAAGGUGAAUUUCCUACUAAUGCUAUCAGUGAUGAUGAUAUUAAACAACAGUUAAUGUCUGUUGAUCCAGCAGAUCCAGAAAUCAUAUGGAUACUUGAUGUUAUAUAUGAAUCAUGUGCAAACAUUGAGAAGGGAAUACCAAAAUGA